UCCAUAUCUUGGAGAAUUCACAAGAAUAUCAAGAAAUAGCUGUUAUUGCUAGCCGGGGAGAAGAAGUAAUUGUUCGAGGAACUUUUUAUGAAAAAGACAAUAGCAUAGUAUUUGCCGAACUAGAGCAUUAUAAUGACAUUCGUGGUCUAUUUUCAGAAAAUCCCUAUUUAAUAAUAUUCGAUGAGGCCACGCCAACUCUUUUAGAUCGGAAAAAUAAAUAUUUAGAAAAUGAGCCUAAUGAGGAAAUAGAUGAAAUUGCGGAUAAAGAAUUGUGA